AUGGUCGAUUUUCGUAUGACUAAAAACUAUCAGGUUAAAAUGACGUGUGCUGAACAACAUUUAAAAAAUAGCUUUAUACUCGUUGGUAUACUACUUGUUUUCGAAGGUUUAGCAUUCCUAAUAUUUCCAUAUUCAACAGCGAAAUUGUUACUUCUAUCAGCACUAGAAACAAAACAAGCCGAACAAUUUGCUCGAGUUGCAGGUUUAGCGAUAGUUGUGAUUGGUUACUACUACUGUGUUGCUGGAUAUUUUACCUUAAUUGGUUAUUUUAGAGCUAGUAUAAUUGGACGUUUGUUUAUUCUGCCAAUUAUAAGUGCAAUGGUUUAUUUCUAUUCCAUCGAAGUUCCGUUCCUAAUUUUCGGUAUUCAGGAUUUCUUAAGUGCUUUGUGGUCUUAUGCUUGUUUGAUGGUAUAUGAUGCAGAACAACAAAAACUGCAAUGUUAA